UGAGCGGAUUUAUACAGUUGUAUUGACUCAUGUAAAUGACUAACACGAGGAAUCUUCGACAUAACGGGUUUUCCACGCCCAGUUGUUAACUUAAUGUCUCCUUUAAGCCCAGCAGCUGUUCCCACCCUCAGCAUCAGUGUGUUUGUUUUGUUUUAGCCUCAGACAGCCGGAGAGCAUCAUGGAGGACGUCAAGUUCUUUCUGCAGGAUAUAGAGCCCCGGAAAGCGGCUCUAUUUACGGGUGCAGCCUGCGUGGUAGGAUCCGUGGUGGUGCUGGUGCAGAAAGUCUACAAACACCGCGAAGCUAAGGCUAAGAUCCAGAAGGCUCAGAACCGGAGGACCGACAGCCUGCAGCGGGCUGAGCAUGCGGUGCUGCAGUACAAGAAGUCGCAUCCAGAGAACGACUCCGCUCUCAUCCUGACUCUGUCGCUUUCUGAGUUGACAAAGAAACUGCAGGAAGGCUCGCUCAACCCUGAGGAGGUGUUUUACUCUUACAUGGAAAAGACUCUGGAUUUAAAUGGAGAUCUAAACUGCUGCACUGGGAUCCUCUUGGAGAGUUUUGAUCAGCUGAAAACUCUUGACUCCAACAAGAAAGGUCUCUUGUAUGGAGUCCCAGUUAGCAUCAAAGAAAACUAUGGAUACAAGAAUCACGACUCUUCUUGUGGGGUGAUCAUUAAUCUGGAUCAACCUGUCCAGAGAGACAGCGUUCUUGUUGAAGUUCUGAAGAAACAAGGAGCUAUUCCCUUUGUGAAAACAAACGUGCCACAAGCCCUACUAAGCUAUGACUGCGGUAACCCUAUCUACGGGCAGACCUUGAACCCGCACAACCUCAACAAGACCAGCGGAGGUUCCUCCGGUGGGGAGGGGGCUCUCAUCGGGGGAGGGGGCUCCCUGCUGGGGAUGGGCAGUGAUAUAGGGGGUAGCAUCCGUAUACCCGCCUCCUUCUGUGGGAUCUGUGGCUUCAAGCCAACACCAGGUCGACUCAGUUUACAGGGUUUGAGCUCCAUUUAUCGAGGGCAAAAAUCAGUUCCAUCUUGUCCGGGACCCAUGGCGAGGGAUGUGGACAGUCUGGCUCUGUGUAUGCAGGCGCUGCUGUGUGACCACAUGUUCUCUUUGGACCCCACUGUCCCACCACUGCCUUUUAAUGCGCAGGUUUACCAGAGCUCCAAACCUCUCCGGAUCGGUUACCUAGAGAACGACGGCUACAUACAACCGUCUCCAAGCAUGGCCCGCAGCGUCAGAGAGGUCAAAGCCCUGUUAGAGGCAGCAGGGCACACUUUGGUGCCCUACCGUCAUCUGAAUUUGAAUCACAUUAUAUGUGAACUGAUUGUAAAGGGUAUCCUGGCAGACGGAGCCAUCACCCUGCUUGGAAAACUAGAGGGCAACCCUGUGGACCCUACUCUCAGAUCACAGAUUAUGCCCUACUGUCUUCCUAUAUGGUUGAAGAAAACCCUCUCAUUUCUGAUCAGGCCCUUUUCUAUUCGUGCGUCUGAUAUUCUACACUCUCUCUGUGGAGUUGGAUCGGUUCAAAAUCUGUGGAAGCAGCAUGCUGCAGUUGAGGACUACAUUAAGGAAACAAUAGCAGAGUGGAGAAAAUGCAAGAUCGACGCUCUGCUGUGCCCUGUGACUGGACCAGCCUUCAACCACCUCUACUGCGGCAAGCUCACCCCCGCUGCUUCUUACACGUUGCUUUUCAAUCUCCUACAAUUUCCUGCCGGCGUUGUAACUGUUUCCACUGUGAAGGCAGAGGAUGAGGAGGAACUGAAGCACUAUAAAGGCAUUUAUCAGGAUCAGUGGGACAAGGACUUCAAACGGGCUGUGUCUGGAGCCGAGGGUCUGCCCGUGGCGGUGCAGCUCGUCACUCUGCCGUGGCAGGACGAGCUCUGCCUGCGCCUCAUGAAGGAGGUGGAACAGCUGGUCAAACAGAGCACAGCGUGAAGGCCUGGAGGACACAGAGGAGGCCAUACGAAAGAAAUUUACAUUUAAGAUCAAGGGAAUAUUCAUGUUUACUGAUCUGAAAACGGUACACUCCUUCUUUGUUUAUUCGUUCGUUUACAUAGUUUUUCAUUUGUAUUGCACUCCUUUAACAUGAACUUACUUGUUGCUGCUCUGAAAUGGAGUGAAUUCCUGACAUUGACUUGCUGAUUAUGGGAUGUUUCUGCUAAAUUCAGCAUCCUGUUUGAACGUGAGUAGCUACAGUGUGUGUUCUGUUUCUUUUUACUUUUGGCAUCUUUUUAUAUUUAACCUAAUAUAGCAUGAAAAUGAAAUGCAUGCUUGAGAAGAAAUUGACUCCACACACACACACACACACACACACACACACACACACACACACACACACACACACACACACACACACACACACACACACACAUACAGGUUUGUAGGUUAGGGUUUAUGAUGACUACUGUUAAACAUAUGUCUCUUUAUUAAAAUAACUGACAGCUUUGUGAUGUGAUGACAGAAAAUACAAUAAAAUGACUCAUAAGUAAA